AUGUGCAACACGUCUUCCGGAUCCGGCACCGUUGCUGCGUUUCUCCGACGAGAUUGGUUCCCGGCCGGCCAUUCUGAUAAUACGAGCGUCGAGUUUGACAAUAGCGGGUGA